GCGUGGGGGGAGCCCGGGCGUCCGGGGCCCCUUCCCUCUUGUGGGGUGGAGCGGCGGGGCGGGAAGGGAGCCGGGCGCCGGGGCGAUGGCAGGGCUGAAGACGGCGAGCGGGGAGGCCAUCGACGGCUCCUUCGAGCUGCAGGUGGAGGUGGAGGAGGGCGAUGCCGUGGGGCAGGCCGGCAGCCCCCCGGCAGCCCCCCGCACCCUCGCCCUCCGCGUCACCGGGGACCUCCACGUCGGCGGCCUCAUGCUCCUCAUCGUGGAGACUGUUGGGGUGCAGCGGGACUGGUCAGACCACGCGCUGUGGUGGGCGCAGCGGCGGCAGUGGCUCCUGCGCCCCGGGCGCACCCUGGAUGCUCUGGGGGUGGGGGGGGACGCCCGGCUCCGCUUCGCCCCCCAACACCGACCCCUGCGCCUGCGCCUGCCCAACCGCCGCCGCCUCCGCCUGCGCCUCUCCUUCGCCCAGCCCCUGGCCCACGUCGUCGCACAGGCCUGCCGCCUGCUCGUGUCGCAGGGAUCCGUCACCCCGAAGAGCUGUCCCUGCUGCGGGCCGCCCGAGGAGGAGGAGGAGGGAGAGGGGAGGAAGGGCAGUGCCAGCCCCCCCUCCUCAGACUUCGACCUCAGCCACCUCUUGCUGCCCCCCGGUGAGGGCGAGGAGGGGGCCGGGGCCGGAGCCCCUCCCCCACCUGCCCCCCGGCUGCUACCGGCUGCUGGUGGCCCCUCGGGGGGGGCUGGGCCCCGCCGCCCCCCCCGGCCCCCCCGCGGGAACCCUCUGCUGCGCCGCACCCGCCUGCACGCCCGGUGGCUGGACUCCUCGCGCUCGCUGCUGGAGCAGGACGUGGCUGACGAUGAGGAGCUGCUGCUGCGCUUCAAGUACCACUGCUUCCUCGACCUCGACCCCCAGCGGGACAGGCUGCGCCUGGCCCUGCUGUACGAACAGGCGCGCUGGGCUCUGCUGACCGAGGAGAUCGACUGCACCGAGGAGGAGAUGAUGCUCUUCGCCGCCCUGCAGUACCACAUCGACGAGGUGGGGGGCAGCGGGGAGCCAGGCGGGGCCGGGGAGGGCGACGAGGUGGACGACCUGGAUGCCGCCCUCAGCAACCUGGAGGUGAAACUGGCGGGGGCAUCUGAGCCCCCUGGCCCACUGGAGGAGCUCACCACCGUCCCCGAGCUGGCGGAGGAGCUGGAGAUCUACAGGCCCCGCAAGCUGACCCUGCGGGGGUUCCGCCCCACCUGGGCCGUGCUGAAGGAGACGUCGCUCUCGUAUGGCCGCAGCCCCCCAGUCCCGGGGGAGCCCCUGCAGCAGCUCAACCUCAGGGGCUGUGAGGUGACCCCCGACGUGGACGUGGGGGCACAGAAGUUUUGCAUCAAACUGCUGGUGGCGGCACCCGAGGGAAUGAGCGAGAUCCAGCUGCGCUGCCGCGAUGCCCCCCAGUACGCGCGCUGGGUGGCCGGGUGCCGCCUGGCCUCCCGCGGGCGCUCGCUGGCGGACGCCUCCUUUGGGGCAGAGGCGCGGGGGGUGCUGGGGGUCCUGGGGCUGCAGCCUGGGGGGGGCCCCUCGCUGCCCCCCACCGCCCCCGGGGCCACCCAGCGCCCACCCCCGGACCCCCGGGUGCUCCUGGCCCCCCGCUUCCAGCGCAAAGUCAAGGCCAAACAGCUGGUGCUCCGCAUCCUGGAGGUCCUCCACCGCGUGGGGGCGCUGUCGCCGGCGCAGGCCCGGCUCCGCUUCCUGGAGGCCUGGAGGGCGCUGCGCUUCGGCCUGGCCUACUUCCUCGUGCGGUUCAAGGGCAGCCGCCGGGACGAGGUGUUGGGCGUCGGCCCCUCCCGGCUGCUCCGGCUGGAUCCCGGCACCGGCAGCGUCACCCGUGCCUGGCGGUACAGCGCCCUGCGCCAGUGGAACGUCAACUGGGACACCCAGCAGGUGACGCUGGAGCUGGAGGGGGAGGUGACGCUGGCGCUGUGCGUGCUGUCGGCCCCGUGCCAGGCGCUGCACGAGUUCCUGGGGGGGUACCUGUGCCUGGGGGGGCGGCAGCCGGGGCAACCCCUCGACCUCCGCCUGUUCCACAAGCUGACAGGGGGGCAGGAGCCCCUCUGAGACCCCUCGCGCGAGGGGUCCCCCGCGACGUCGGCGCCGGCCUCGGACCCCCACCACCGCUACAACACCCCCCACUCCGAGCACUUGUGCACCACCCCCUCUCAUGCGAGGCGCUCGCGCAAGGCACUUGUGCGACGCUUGUGAACGGCGGUCACGGCGGUGAAUGGUUUAAUGGCUUCUGCUGGGCACCAGGGUCCUCGUGCGAGGGCCUCUCACCCCCCGUCCUCGUGCAAGGGCCCCUCCAGUGGCAGCAGACACCCUGGGGGCGGGGGGGGGGGGCAAUAAAGCAGCUGUUACCAUGGCAA